AUGUCACGGCCCAAGGGACUACUAUGGCUUCCACUGGUCUUCAGUCCUGUCUGUGUCACGUUGAACCCCAGUGUCCUCUGGUGGGUAACCGCCCUGGCCAUCAGGUUCACGCUCACUGACGGCCAGGCCCAGCACCCGGUGGUCAACACAAAUUAUGGAAAAGUCCGUGGCUUAAGAACACCGUUGCCCAAUGAGAUUUUGGGUCCCGUGGAACAGUACUUGGGAGUGCCCUAUGCCUCGCCUCCCACUGGAGAGCGACGGUUCCAGCCCCCAGAACCCCCUUCCUCGUGGACUGGGGUCCGGAACGCCACCCAGUUUGCAGCCGUGUGCCCACAGCAGCUGGAUGAGCGAUCUUUGCUCCAUGACAUGCUCCCCAUCUGGUUCAGUGCCAACUUGGAUACCUUGAUGACGUACGUUCAAGAUCAAAACGAAGACUGCCUCUACCUGAACAUCUACGUGCCCACGGAGGAUGACAUCCAUGAUCAGAGCAGUAAGAAGCCAGUGAUGGUUUACAUCCAUGGAGGAUCUUACAUGGAAGGGACUGGCAACAUGAUUGACGGCAGCAUUUUGGCGAGUUACGGCAAUGUCAUUGUCAUAACUGUCAACUAUAGGCUGGGCAUUCUAGGAUUUUUAAGUACCGGGGACCAGGCAGCGAAAGGCAACUAUGGGCUGCUGGAUCAGAUCCAAGCUUUGCGGUGGAUUGAGGAGAACGUCGGGGCCUUUGGCGGGGACCCCAAGCGAGUGACCAUCUUUGGCUCGGGGGCCGGAGCCUCCUGCGUCAGCCUGUUGACCUUGUCGCACUAUUCAGAAGGUCUUUUCCAAAAAGCCAUCAUCCAGAGCGGCACCGCCCUGUCCAGCUGGGCCGUCAACUACCAGCCUGCCAAGUACACUCGGAUAUUGGCAGACAAAGUGGGCUGCAACAUGCUGGACACCACGGACAUGGUCGAAUGCCUCCGGAAUAAGAACUACAAGGAGCUCAUCCAGCAAAGCAUCGCCCCGGCCACCUACCACAUCGCCUUCGGGCCCGUCAUCGACGGCGACGUCAUCCCCGACGACCCCCAGAUUCUCAUGGAGCAGGGAGAGUUCCUCAACUAUGACAUCAUGCUGGGCGUGAACCAGGGGGAAGGGCUCAAGUUCGUGGACGGCAUCGUGGACAACGAAGAUGGCGUCACCCCCAACGACUUUGACUUCUCAGUGUCUAACUUUGUGGACAACCUGUACGGCUACCCGGAGGGAAAGGACACCCUGCGUGAGACCAUCAAGUUCAUGUACACGGACUGGGCGGACAAGGAGAACCCUGAGACACGACGAAAGACUCUGGUGGCCCUCUUCACUGACCACCAGUGGGUGGCCCCGGCCGUGGCCACCGCCGACCUGCAUGCCCAGUACGGCUCGCCGACCUACUUCUACGCCUUUUACCAUCACUGUCAGAGUGAGAUGAAGCCCAGCUGGGCCGACUCAGCCCACGGGGACGAGGUCCCCUAUGUCUUUGGGAUCCCCAUGAUCGGCCCCACCGAGCUCUUCAGCUGUAACUUCUCCAAAAACGAUGUGAUGCUUAGUGCGGUGGUGAUGACGUACUGGACCAACUUCGCCAAAACGGGUGAUCCUAAUCAGCCGGUUCCCCAGGACACCAAGUUCAUUCACACAAAACCCAACCGCUUUGAGGAAGUGGCCUGGUCCAAGUACAACCCCAAAGACCAGCUGUAUCUACACAUUGGCUUGAAACCCAGGGUGAGGGAUCACUACCGGGCAACAAAAGUGGCUUUCUGGUUGGAACUGGUCCCUCAUCUGCACAACCUCAACGAGAUAUUUCAGUACGUCUCAACCACCACAAAGGUUCCUCCACCUGACAUGACGUCCUUCCCCUAUGGGACCCGGCGAUCUCCUGCAAAGAUAUGGCCUACGACCAAACGCCCGGCGAUAACGCCUGCUAACAACCCCAAACACUCGAAAGACCCACAUAAAACGGGGCCUGAAGAUACAACGGUCCUCAUUGAAACCAAGCGGGAUUACUCCACCGAAUUGAGCGUCACCAUUGCCGUGGGGGCGUCCUUGCUUUUCCUCAACAUCUUAGCGUUUGCCGCCCUGUACUACAAAAAGGACAAGAGGCGUCACGAGACACACAGACGCCCCAGUCCCCAGAGAAACACCACCAACGAUAUCGCUCACAUUCAGAAUGAAGAGAUCAUGUCUCUGCAGAUGAAACAGCUAGAGCAUGACCAUGAGUGUGAGUCCUUGCAGGCUCAUGACACCCUGAGGCUCACCUGCCCACCGGACUACACACUCACGCUGCGCCGCUCUCCCGAUGAUAUCCCACUUAUGACACCUAACACCAUCACCAUGAUCCCUAACACUCUGUCAGGAAUGCAGCCCUUGCACACGUUCAACACCUUCAGUGGAGGACAGAACAGUACAAAUAUACCCCACGGGCAUUCGACCACCAGAGUAUAGCUUUGAGGUUCUCACCCCUCCCUCCGCUGCACCCUGUCCGCCACCUAGAAGACGUAGAGGAAGAGAGAGGGGACGUCUCCAACCAUGGAAUGUUUUCCAUCACAUUGACUUAGGACAAACACUAGGAAGGACAGUCCUUAUGUCCCUGCUGACCUUACCCUUGGGAAUUUCCCAGUAUUCCAAGAUCAACUUCCAAUCCUAUGAAAUGUGAAAAGUAUCCAUUACUUUGAUGACACUGCAUUAAAAUAUCCAACCCCAACGGAUGCUGAGUGUGA